AUGGGGCCGAGUAGCUUGCUGGGCCAGCUGCGCGGUCUGGAUGCGUUUGGACGUACCGCAGACGACGCACGAAUUCGCACCAAUGUCGGCGCAUUCAUCACGCUUUUGAGCGCGGCGCUGGUUUGCAUCCUGACGCUGAGCGAGUACUGGGAGUACCGCAAGGUAAACGUUGUGCCGCGCCUCGAGGUCGACCUUGCGCGCGAUGCAAAGCUCGCGAUUCGCUUGAACGUCACAUUCCCGCGCGUUCCGUGCUAUCUGCUCUCGCUCGAUGUCGUCGAUAUCGUCGGCGAUAUGCAGAUGGAUAUUAAUCACGACGUCCAGCGUACGCGCCUCGACCGCGACGGCAAGCCGCUCGGCGUGCGUGGUGACCGCAGCCUGCAGGGUGAUGCCGCGCGCUACCUCGCCGAGAUCGGCCGCGGCCCCGACUACUGUGGCUCGUGCUACGGCGCCCAGGCGCCGGAAUCGGGCUGCUGCAACUCGUGUGAGGACGUGCGCGAUUCGUAUGUGCGCUCCUCGUGGUCCUUUUCGAACCCCGACGAGAUCCAGCAGUGCCGCGACGAGCACUGGUCGGAGCGCCUCAAGGAGCAGAACCACGAGGGCUGCAACAUUGCCGGCGAAGUGCAUGUGAACCGCGUGGUGGGUAACCUGCACCUGAACCCCGGGCGCGCAUUCCAGCGGAAUGACGUGCACACGCACGAUCUCGUGCCGUAUCUCCAGGGAACGGGCGAUGAGUACCACCACUUUGGCCACGUCAUCCACGAGCUGAGCUUUGGCACAAUGUACGAGUUUAUCGGCCAGCGUGCCGGCCGCCAGGACUCGAGCUCGAGCAAAAAGAUGCAGCUGGGCCUCCGCGACCCGCUCCAAGGCCGCCGUGCGCACACCGAGCAGAGCCAGUUCAUGUACCAGUACUUUCUCAAGGUCGUCCCGACCGAGCACAGGAAACUGAACGGCCGCACGCUCGAGACGUUCCAGUACAGUGCGACCUCGUACGAGCGCGACUUGAAGCCUCAUGACCCCAACCUCGGCCACGACGAGCCGACCAAGACCGAAGGCACCCUCGUGCGCACCGUCGAGGGUGUUCCGGGCGUCUUUUUCAACUACGAAAUCUCCCCUCUGCGCGUCAUUCAGACCGAGACCCGCGCGACGCUGUGGCACUUUUUGUCGAAUUUGUGUGCGAUCGUCGGUGGUAUCCUGACGCUCGCGGGCCUGCUCGACGCCGUCAUCUACCGCGGCCGUAGGCAGCUCGGCAACGCGCCGGCCUACGACGAGCACGACGGGUUCUACAAUGGCCUGGACACGAAACUCUUGUAA